AUGGGUUUGGAUAUAUUCUUCGAUUUGCUCGCUGCUCCCAAAAAGGAGCGCUACCCGGAUUAUGAGCGCAAAGAACGCAGAGCCAUCCGCGCCGUCAAACAGCUCAAUGCCGGCACACGCAAAGGAUACAACGAGAAAUUUCCUCUAGGCCGAAGCGCACGCGCGACUUUAGUCGGCGCGGUAGGUCAACAGAUGUUCAUGUGUGAUGACCAUGGGAACAGGAUUUCAAUAAUCUAUCAGGGCAAAGUAGAUGGACGAGAUCAUUGGGAGCUGGAUGAAAGACAUUUGACGCCAUACACGCGUCUUAUGAGAGAAGACCCAAACAGGCAUAAUAGGAGAGUUGACCAAACAGCUAGGUUCGGGAGCAUGGAUGGCGAAUUUCCAGGUGGAAUGGGCAACGGGCUUCCUGGAGGUAUGGGCGUCGGUACUCCUGUGUUUGGCAACGCAUAUAGCCAACAGAUGCAGAUACUUUCAGCCGCAAAUUUCCGUAGUCAGCAAGCCAACCCUCCGAGUCUGCAUUUCCCCCAGGAUUCAAGUCAAUUUCGCUAUCCAUCCCGAUCCGACAGCAGUGAAGGUUAUAUGAAUGGGCCUCAAUUCGAAGGCAGUAAUGCAUCCUCUCUCAGUGCAUUACCAUCAUUUAUUCCCAUCGGAAGGUUCGGGGAAGAGGAUGACCCGGAAGCAAAUUUGCAUCAGUUAGCAGAGAUGAGCAGGAUGAACAUGGGAGGCAGGAGGGACAAUUAA